ACUGUUCGUGCUUCUCACUUGCCUCAUAGCCUCGCAGGCAGUCAGCUUCGGAUUCAACACGCACUUAAUCAUAACACAUCUCGCAUGCAUUCGCACGGACAACCCCGCCUGCGCACUCUCGAUUUCUGGAGGACCCUGGGUCGCGACGGUGGCUAUGGGACUGUACAUGACAUAUGAAGUCAUACUGGGCAUAUUUGCCCUGGUAUAUGCUGUGCAGCAGCUGCCUUGUGCUGCUACUUCUUUGUGGAUGCGUCCAACCCGCUCAGUCAGCAUCCUGAUGUGGAUUCUCUUUCGGGAUCAUCUGAUCUACAUUUUUGUCGUUCUCUUGUCUAUGCUUCUCACCACCAUGUACUACUACGCAAAGGUCCAAUUCGAGCUCAAAGACUCCAUCCUGGACAGCAUCACAGCCAUAUCCGAGGUAUUCCAGUACGCUGUGAUAGGCCCGUGGAUGAUCAUUAGUCUCCGAAGGAGCUACGAGAGAAAAACGGAUCAAAGGGUCAUUGACUCCCGCCAGCUCUCCGAGAUAGCUUUUGCGGGAGUUCAGGGCGCGGAACCGAGCACCCUGCAGCAACAGCGGGUUUGACGCAUAGAGCUUACUGAAUGGAGUGCGGCUCGCGCACAUGUUAUGGGAAUUGGCUGGUGUAGAGCGACUAUCUCACGAAGGGGAGUAAUAGGUUCGUUAUUGGGUAUCCGCUGAGGGGGUUGUCAUUUUUCUUUGUAGAUUAGCG